UGUGAAAUCCUUCCAUGACAAAGCGUUCCUGUUGUAUCGGUCGCUUCGGAAAACACAUCUGUUGCAGUAUCGAACGGAUUUUACUUGAAAAAUCCGAUUUUUGGCUAGUUUUCCUGUUGGGCACAACGCAUCAUCAACUCCACUAAGAAUUUUCCAUUCAUGAUGUCGGAGGAGUUGCGGAAGGCAGGCAAUGUUCAAUACAAGGCGGCACUUGAAGAGGGCUUGUCUCCUGUCAUCAAGUGUUCUAGACUUCAGUCAGCAAUUAAUCUAUAUGCCAGGGCCGCAUCCCAAGCCACUGGACCAAGAAUGGUGAGUGAGUGGUCCUCGGCAACCAAGAAUCUCGGAAUGGCUACAAAGAGGAUGGCCCAAGAGUACAUGAAAGACAAACAGGACACAGGAUUUGCGAAGACUCUCAUAACAUUCCGAGAGGCUCUGAAAUACCUCGGCCAGGCUUUGGUCAGAGGUGCUUCUCUGCUGGGUGACGCCUGGAGGAGCAAGCUGCAAGAGGAGAUCAAGGCUUCUUACUUCGAGAUCUUGGAGAUUAUCGGUACGUUUGAUGACCCAAAGAAGAAGCUUAGAGAGAUGUACCAGGUACUGAAUCUGUUGCCCGAUGGUGAGGUGCUCUCUGCAUUGGCCAGGUAUCACAUUGCUGAUGUUCUCUUUAAAGAAUCAGUCUGUCUGCUUGAAAAAGGUGAAUAUCAAAAAAGUCUCGGACUUCUCCACGACAUCCACCAACCAGUUGAAGAGGCUCUCAGUAUUCUACGGAAAGGGGAGCUUGCUGAGCAGGAUCUUGAAGCAGAUGAGCUUCGCGUGGACCUGGAGAUCAUUCAGCAGGAUGCGCAGUUUCAAAUCUGCACAGCGGAGUCCAUGCAGGCUCGCAAGUAUGGAGAGGCAAUGCUUGCAAAUCUGUUGGACGAGGAGAGUUUGAACAUGGACAUGGUCUGGAAUGCGGUGGACUGGUUCAAACAAGCCACCCUCAAGGCAGCUGAGCUAAACUUGGAGGAAGAAGCAGCGGCCUUAAGUUACCUCGGGCUAAUAAAUGAGAAGCUAUUGUUCUCCAAGACCAAGACCAAGAUUUAUUUUAAACGCUGCUUGGAACUGGUUGAGGCAGCUAAGCCCAGGACCUUCAUUGGUCACAAGUGGUACACGCAGUGCGUAGCGGGAUUCAAGAAGAUCCAGGAUGAGGAAAGAUGGAGAGACGAAGCCGCACAACAAGAAAUAAAACAAAAGGUUCUAGAUACACUAAAAGAUGAGAUCACAGCUCUCAAAGAGGCAAAUACCAACGCAGUCAGCCUCCUAAAGUACCUUCUCGACCACCAUCCAUCCCAGAGUAGCUCCAUUAAGUUCACCAAGACUCACCUCGACGAACUGAAGAAGACUGAGGGAAAGUACGACGACACACCGACGCUGAAAAUUCGAAAGAAGCUGCUGCUGAGAGCUCUCCAAGAUUACCACCCAGACAAGGUUGUCAAGUCGGAAGGUGAAACGGACGAACAGGUACAGAGGAGAAAGAUAUUCCUUGAAGAAAUCACAAAGAUGAUCACCGCGCAUUACGAGAAGAUUAAACUCAUGACUUAAAAGUAGAAUGAAGAAGAGUCAGGGACAGAUGGAGAAAAAAAUUGAGGGAUUCUAGGAUCACUGUUUGUUUUGUAAAUACAGUCUACAUGUACUCUUGUUAAUAAAAAUACUGUUAAUACAAAUUGUGGUAAUACCAAACAUAGAUCCUUGGGCCCAACUGUGCUUUGUGCACAGUGAAUGGGACUGACAAAAUUCUGAUAUAACAAACAUUUUUGCUAAGUCCGGCUGACUUUGUAUUAAUGAGAGUCGACUGUACUAAAAAUCUCCAAUUCUGGAACAAACUUCUGAGUUUUAAAGUUUUUUCUUUGGGACACGCAGAAGUAGAAACUCUAAUUUCCAUGUGUUGGUCUGCAUAUAGUAAAGGCACAUUUUUUUAUCAGAAAAAUGUACCUAAUAUGGAAGGAGAAAAUGUCAAAUGUAGCUCCAAGUUAAAAUGGCCGUCACCAUUUGUUCAUACAUGCAACUGUGGAGACAUUCCCACUCAGCUCCACAAUAGAGCAAGCAUCUGUCUUUCAAUCAGAAAUCUUUAUUCUGUUAAUUUCCAGUCUUACGCACUGUGUCAACUGAAAGGUCAUUGCCUUUAUUUCAGAGAGCCAAGGGGUUCAGCAGAUAUAGCGACGCUGUAGGAAAGAAGACACAAAUAAAUUUGAAUCCCCCAAUUCAUUUUAAUUUUUAUAUCAUUCCAAACAUUCCGUAGUACGACCUGAACCCAGCGAUCGGAAACAAACUCUGUUUCUCAUAUAUCUCUAUAAGAAUUAUAAGAAUCCCCUUUUGGGAUUAAACGGUUUUUUUGCAUGCCUUCAAAUAGAGGUCUCUCUAAUUAAAAUCUCAGAGUCGGGAUUGAAUAGUAAGUUUGCAAGUACAAUGUAAUAGAAUGUCUCGAUUUAAAGGGAAUAUACAACAUUUGCAAACAUCAAGAAACAAAACUACCAAAUUAUUAUGAAAUAUACUGUUAGUGCAUGACAGUCUAAAGCAUCCUGUAAAAUCAUGGCACCUGGUGUGCUGUC